CAGGAUUUGCAUGCAGAGUAUUCUUGGAAAAACAGUGACUGUUUUCAAUGUUGCAAUAACUUACUGCUAAUCAAAACUGCAAAAUGAGUUCCUCUGAGGGGAAGACCAUUACCGUUAUUGGCAGGCACCAUUUCUGUACAAUCCUGAAGGAUGUUGAGGGCACAAAAAAAAUGUCUGCUCUGUCACUGUUGAACCUUACCACCCUUUUUUGGGGAAUUUGAGCCAGAAAAGUCUUGUCAUACAACACGGUUUACAUUUUAACUUCAUUAUGGUUUAUGAUUAAAUUAACAUGUGUUCGUUCACCUUUGGACUGACCCCCAAAAUCGAGGAUCACUCCUAUUAUAUGAUAUAUAUACUAAUAUAUAUCAUGUUAUAAUAAUUUAGUCAUACAUUUGCAAUUUAGCAGGUGCUUUUAUCCAAAGCAAUUUACAUAGUGCAAUGGGUGGCCCCAGAGGGAAUCAAACCCACCACCCUGGUGUUGCAAGCGCCAUGCUCUAACAACUGAGCCAUACUGGACUAUUUGGUCGUUAGGGAUUUAAUUUCUCAUCAAAAGCAUGUAGCCAUUCUGGGGCAAUCCAAAUUUCCCUCUGGGGACAGUAAAGAUUGAUUGAUUGAUAAAUGUUGGCUCUGUUGUUCUGUGUGUAUUUCAGUGGGCUGAUUGGGCGCUCCUGGGCCAUGGUGUUUAUAAGUGGGGGCUACAGAGUGAAGAUCUAUGACAACCAGCCAGGCCAGGCUGCCAGGGCCAUCCAGGAGGUCAGGAAACAGCUUGAGGAUCUGCAGGAAGAGUGCAUGCUGAGGGGGGAUCGAAGUGCCUCAGAGCAGCUAGCCCUACUGAGCAGCCACAAUGACCUCUGCCAGGCACUAGAGGGAGCCUUCUUCGUCCAGGAGUGUGUGUUUGAGGAGAUCGAGGCCAAGCGGAGUGUCUUCCAGGCGGUGGAGAGUCAUGUGGGAGAGGGGGUGAUCUUCAGUAGCUCCACCUCCUGCCUGUUGCCUAGCAACAUCUUCUCCCAGGUCCAGAACCAGAAGCGCUGCAUCAUAUCUCACCCGGUGAACCCGCCCUACUACGUGCGUCUGGUGGAGCUGGUGCCACACCCAGAGACGUUGGCGGAGGUGAUGGACACCACCCACGCCCUGAUGACUGCCGUGGGCCAGGCUCCCGUCAGGCUGAAGAAAGAGAUUGACGGCUUCGCCCUAAACCGUGUGCAGUACGCCAUCAUCGCCGAGUCCUGGAGGCUGGUCAAGGACGGUGUCAUUUCAGUCAAGGACAUUGACCUGGUGAUGUCAGAGGGGCUGGGAAUGCGUUACGCUUUUAUUGGUCCCAUGGAAACCAUGCACCUCAACGCACCUGAAGGUCUGGAGGAAUAUCUCCAGCGCUACAGAGAGGGCAUGAAGAGGGUUCUGAACGCCUUUGGACCUGUUCCCGAAUUCUCUGGGGAGGCAGCCGAGCGCAUCAACAAAGAGAUGUGUGAGCUGAUCCCAGCUGACCAGCAGCACCUGUCUGCCAGGAGAGAGAGAAGGGACCAGCUUCUCAUGGGCCUGGCCAAGCUCAAGAAGUGACCCCAGGACUAUCACCACCACUGAUGAACAGGGUGGGCUGAGGUCUGGGACUCUGCUGUCCAUCACUCAGCCAAAUAGCAUGGUGAUGAGGAUGAUCUGAUCUCUCAGUAGGGCCUACACUGGGGAUGUUACUGAAUACUGUAGCCCUGAGUCCUCACACACAAUCAAUCAACCAAUCUGGGAUGUUACUGUAGCCCUCACACACAAUAAACCAAUCUAGGGAUUGAUUAUCAUGCCAUCUCAGAAAUCUAACCACCACAUGUUUUAUGCAAUCAACACGUUGAUCAGACAAGGAAAUUAUUGGUUUGGUCAUACCACAAUGGCUUCUUGAAUUAUGAAUAUGAAAUGUUAAUGUGAAAACCUUAUGGGAGAUUUUUUUAUUAAAAUGUUGAGAUUGUCA